AUGAUAAGAUGGCCGAGGCAUUGGCUGUCGUCUGGUCUAUCACGUCGCGUCUUCCAAAGGCGAUGCUUUCAUCAAUCUAAGCCAGCCCCUGAUGGCUCUGUCGACAUUGCCAUUGGUUCUUCAGGUACCAUCACAGUAGACCUCCACAAUGUCUUCCGCCAAUCCUCAUCAACGCCCCUUGUGAUAUACAUACCACCAGUCUCACCACUUGCGGGUACGCGGCCGGCUGUACCCGGGUUUCUUCAGCCGUAUCCAACAGCUGUUAUCAACUACCGGUGGUCGGCUCCGAUCCCCACCUCCGCGUCUCACGCCGAGGAGGAGCAUGACUUCACUACACCCCUUCAGUGGCCGACACCCAUCCAUGACAUUCUGGCCGGUUACACCUGGAUUGUCGAAAACCUGCGUCCAGACCGCAAUGCCCGCCGCGACUUGUACAUCUACAGCUCGCACGCCGGCGCCAGCCUCGCCGCAUCCCUGGCUCUAACGGAGUCUCAUCAUCACGAGCGCGUGGCCGUCCGGGGGCUUGUUGCCUGGAACGGUAUCUACAACUGGACCAUGUUCCUCCCGGAUCACAAGGUCAACAAACCACUGACCGCGCGUAGUCGGAAGCUCCCGCCGCGGCCCGAGGAGGGCUCGGCUUUACAUCUCCUGCAGAGCGAAAUGCCUGAUCUGUUCCGGAAGCCUGUGGACUUGUUCGAUCACUUCGUAAGCCCAAGCCUGUUCUUCCAGACGGCGGGGAUGCUUGUACCCCCUACUUUCGCGCAGGCCGCUGCGGUCACAUCGUUUUUAGAUCAGAUGACUUCAAUAGCGCCUGAUCAAAAGCCGUUAGACCUGAUGGCCGCGGCAGCCACCGCGUUCACGGCCCCGAGGCGGAGCGCACUCAUCUUCCCGCCAAGGCGGUCUACCCUGAAGCUACCUGCAACAUUGUUUCUUCACGACAGCCCGCCGGUGCCAGUGACGAAACGGAAGACGAAGAAGACUGUGAUGACGAGGAACCGUAGGGCUGGGGGGCACACAUUCGAGGCUCAGACGCUGGAGUUGGCAGGGCUCAUGAGGAGAAGCUUAGAGAAGUUGGAAUUCAAGUCGAGGACGGAGUGGGACGAGGACUUUGACGCCGACGCUGAGGCCGAGAAACGAGUGAAGGUUGUGGAUGUUGGAGAAAAUAAGGGCAUGGAGCUGGGAGAAGAAGGCCAGAACGUUAUUAGGAGGUGGUUAGAGGAAAGGUUUUGUUCAUGA